UAAAAACUGGUGGAUAGAUGGAGGUUGAUGGAUUCAGAGGAAUCCCCCUGCUUUUACUCGUCCAAGCCACCAACGGAUUCGGGUAUGCACUUGGAGCCCAGUCGCCAGGGACCCCGGUCGCUAACCCGAGAGUGAAUCACCGCAACCUCGCGAACACAGACGCCGCAUGGCAUGGCUAAGCAUGGCGAGGCCAUUUGUACUGCUAAUUUGGGGUCUAUCACACGUGGCAUUGUACCCAGUUGUUGUCCAGAACAUUCGUGCUUCUACACUGCUUGCUUGUGUAGCAGGGUUUCGACAUACACGGCCGGGACAAAAGCGAGAAUUUGAGGAGUCUCGUAUUAGGGCAGUAGGUUCAACAAUAUCGAGGCCGAAAGGUGAUGAGAUCAGACAAGCAGAGAGGGCCAGAACACUACCUAAACUACUACCAGCGGCUCCUUCGAACACUGUGCGAAGAGUUGACCUCUGGAGCUUCACUUACCAAACAACCAAGCGCUGGUGAUACGAGUAAUCUCCAGUUCUCCUCAUUUACCCAUGUAUUUCGAUAAUAGCCUCAAGCAACAUUCAGGGAUUCAUUCGCCCCUCGAUGUGAUGAAGAACAGCCGCUCAAGUGCCGUUUAGCCCCUCGAAAUUCAUAUGGGUAUUCUCGUCGGUACGACACACCUGUC